UCCUUCCCUAUCGGCCUCCUCGGUGUCAGGCGGGUUUGUAAUGUUAAUUUAACUGACACCGGCGACAACAAACAUUUUAACCCAGGAUUUUGUCCUUUACCUGUGAUAAAAUGACGGAUGUUAUUCCAGACGAAGCUUCUUAUUAACGUAUGUCAGUGUGGACUGACACGGUAAUGUUGCCUCCCUCGGAGAAACUGCGUGUUCUCACGGAGUUUUCGGCAUGUCAGGGGUGAAGACACAUCUGCCACAAGUUUCAUUGUCUCUUUUAAAAGUCAGCAUUUCGUUACCUUGCAGUCAAGAUUUCCCACGCAGAUUUUCAAAUGAAAAUGGAGGAUAUGCCCCUGUCAGGCCCAGACAACACCAGGCUGGAGGCCUUGGCCCAUGACAUCUACUCUGAGCUGGUGGAAGAUGCCUGUUUGGGCCUGUGUUUUGAAGUCCAUCGUGCUGUGAAACAGGGCUACUUCUUCUUGGAUGAAACAGACCAAGAGAGCAUGAAGGAGUUCGAAAUCAUAGACCAGCCAGGAGUGGACAUAUUUGGCCAAGUGUACAAUCAGUGGAAAAACAAAGAGUGUGAGUGCCCAAACUGCAAAAGACUGAUAGCAGCUUCUCGCUUUGCCCCGCACUUGGAGAAGUGUCUAGGCAUGGGACGCAACAGCAGUCGCAUUGCCAAUCGCAGGCUAGCCAGCAAUAACAACAUGAGCAAAUCAGAGAGUGAUCAGGAAGACAACGAUGACCUCAAUGAUAACGACUGGUCCUACGGGGCAGAAAAGAAAGCCAAGAAGAGGAAGUCAGAUAAGAGUCAAAAUUCUCCAAGAAGAUCCAAAUCUUUAAAACACAAAAAUGGUGAACUUGGGAGCAGCAUCAGUUUAGAGCCUUACAAGUAUAACUAUAAUACUGGCAUCAGUUAUGAAAGUUUAGGCCCGGAUGAAGUCAGAUCCCUUUUAACAACGCAAUGUGGGGUGAUCUCUGAGCACACCAAGAAGAUGUGUACCAGGUCUCAGCGAUGUCCCCAGCACACGGACGAACAGAGGAGGGCCGUCAGGGUCUUCCUACUGGGGCCGUCCGCGCCGUCGCUGCUUGAUGCAGACGCUGUGGUUGAGAGCGACAAUUUUGACAUUCCAGAUGGACAGACGCUGAUGAGCCGCCUGCAGUGGGAGGACUCACCUGAUAUUUCACCCACUGACUCUGCCUCAUCCAAAGCCAGCACCAACCAUUCAGAUUCCAGGAGGCCUAAGAAGAAGAAGAGGACGUCUCUUGGUUUGAACAGUGGAGGAGGAGGAAGUGGAGGAGGCAGUCUGACUGGAGGCAGCAGCAGCAGCAGCUCUCAGAGUAAUAUCAGCUUAUCGACCAAAAAAAAGAGACCUAAACUCUCAGCACUUUCUAUUUCUAGUAUCUAUGAUGACUUAAACUAGUGUGUGUCAGCCCUGUGUGUCAGAGCAGCUCUCACCUCCUCUAUUAAGUCCCUCCGUUCAUACCUGCAUUUACAGGCCUGGACAGGGUGGGACGAAACUUGACUCAGUAGUUCUUACUCAUACAGCCUUGACAAGAAAGUGAAUUAUAUUAACAUUGCUCCUUCUGUAGUGUGAACACAGUGUUUAAAAUGAUGUGGUUCAGAGUCCAGUCAGAGUAUCUGGGGGAACUCAUUGGAAAAAUUGCACCUCAAAGCAGACUUUACCUUCAGCUUAUUCCAGUAAUGCCCGACAGUUUGAUUGACACAGAAAGCUACUGUCACCCUAAGAUAGGAGGCAGUGUCUUGACAGCGUUGCGUCCUCAUGAAGCCUCCAGCAGUGAAUCAGAUAUUGUAUCCAUGUGCCGAUGAAGUCACCUUAGUUGCCGUCAUUGUGUCCAAGCAGGUAUUUCAAUUUACACUGUCGCAUUAUACGGCCAAAGGCAUGUGUGCACACAUAAAUUACAGCCAUCCAAUAUGUGAUUGUUGAAUAUGUCAUUCCCAUUUAGCCUUAGUGAGGUUGGCCACUGAUGUUGGGUGAUCAGGUCUGGCCCACAGUUGGUGUUCCAGUUUAUCCCGGAGGUAUUGGAUUGUGUUUAUGGUCUGGCACCUGGCCCCUACCUAUUUUCAAAGCACUGUCCUCACUCAGUGCCAUGCCCAGGCAUGUCUCUAAUAUUACAAAAUAAGAAACUAUAGGCAGUAGGCAGGGUCUGUGCUGAUAAAUACACCACCAUAAGUGGGAUUUAUACUUGUGCGGCACACCCUACGCUGUAGCUACGCCGUUGUGGGCAUCUAUACUUGUGCGGUGGUGUGUUUGCGUCACUCUGCAGUUACACAUCCGAAACACUAGUCUGCAACUGGGUUUCUGUGAAGUGCUGUAAAGUUUAGCUGAUUUGAAACACACGUGAAACAUAGCUUAAUAGAGACAAUUUCAAACACAAGUACGCAAAUCAGCUUCACUAUAACUCGCAACACUCACAGACAAACACUUGUCUUUAUCUGGACACAUUUUCCCCACAAAUACAACAUGCUAAUGUUUUUAGCACAAGCCUGUGGAAUUUUACAUUGUAUAAAUUAGCCUAGCUGCUAGCAGACUUUUCCUCUACUCAUAUGAAGCCGAAACAACAGCAACAUUUAACACAGGUAACGUUACAAAAUUCAGCUCCAUUACAACUCACAAAACAACUGUAUUAUACUUAAUACGUUUUCCAAACAAAUAUAAGAUGCUAACGUUAUUAGCACAAGCCUAUGGCAUUUAACAUUAUAUAAAUUAGCCUAGCGACGAGGCUCUAAGUUGCAAAGCCUACGCCGUGGAUAAGGCGUCAAUUCAGUGCAGACGUAUAAAUUCCACCAUACACUUUAAGUGGGUCACAAGUAAUGAUUGAGAGUGAUUACUUUUGUAUGAGUCUAUACAUUCUUUUAGGAAAGCCUGCGCAGUUUAUCUUUAAAAAGACACCACAAAUGUCAAUUUUCACAGCGGCUGUUAUGACAUGACAUGGCAGAGAACUCGCGGGUGUAAUUAAUAUUAUUAAAGGUGCUGCACUCCAUUUAGCGGUCCCAAUUUCAGGGCCCUGCUAAGUGGCAGGGUUUACUGAUGCACUUCAAUGCAAUACAGCUAUUGUUAAGGAAUUAAUUGCACAUGUGCUUUUCCUGCCAUCACAGGACAAAAUGUCUGCUCAUUAUGAGUCUUUAUUUGUUGAUCCUUUUCUGAAAAUGCAUACUGCUUAUUUAUGAGCUUUUUGUUGCUUGUAGUCGGCUGAGAACUCUUGAAAUUGUCUCUCUGAAACCCUCAGGUACUCUGUCAUUGUUGGCGAUCCUGCGACCUGUCCCUCUUUUUAGGCUCUGUGUUCAUUUAACUCCAUUUUGAGGAGACAUGCUUUCAGUUCAGCACUUGACACGCGUUUACUGGAGUACUCAUCGGUGGCUUUUUAAUUCUAGCAUUGUAUUGCACAGUUGUGUGUGUGUGUGUGUGUGAGUGUGAGUGCGAGUGCCUUUGUAUGCUGACUUGCUUCAGUGUGAACGUCACUUUUUCGUGUAGUGCGUGUGUGUGGGGUUAGAGGGUGUGAUCUAUUUCUAUUUUCAUAAAACUAUGCAUCAUAGAAUGUGAUUGUGAAAGUAUGUGUGCCAUUUUGAAAUAUUUAACUUCUUUUUGUUUACAUCAACAAUAUAUUAAAGUUUUUAUUUGUCACUGCCUAUAAAGUGUAUACUAUUUGUGUGUAAAUGCAGAUUUUGAUAUUUGACGAGCCAGUAGGCUAUGGGGACACAUGUACGGGAUGUGUAUGUAUGAUGUUUGAGAUGGAAAAAUAAUCAUGUAUCCAGCCAACUUUCUUUCCUUGGUACAAAACUCUUGUUAGUUUCUGCUUAUAGAUCACACACAUUAAGUAGACCAGUGCUGCGGUUCUGCUUGUUAGUCACGAUCGUGAGUUCUAAGUCUGUAAGCCUUUAACCAACAAUGUAAAAGUUAUUAGAUGAAUGCAUACAAGUCAGAUGAACUGUUUCACUCAUCUUGUACUUGCAACUUUUCACAGUUGUUCUGUCUUAGAGGGGCAUUUUGUUUCUCUUCUUUUUAAGCUUAAAGACUUUGCAGUUCAGAUAUUAAUGUACAGCCAGAGGUGCAUUGUGGAGUAUGAGGAUGAUGUAUUUUGUUUGUUGAAAUCAGGACUUGGCUGCUGUAAAACUUAGGGACUGUAUGAAAAUGAUUUGGGGGGUAGAGGACUUCAGAAAAAGGGAGAGGAUUAUGGUGCAGGUGUACUCCAUCAGAAGUGAUAAUUGAAUGGUUGAGUGUCUUCUGAACCCCCCCCACCUUCCCUACAUCAGAAUUACAACAACUUUCUGAAACUGAUGAUCUGACAAUCACCCUCAUGUCAUGUCGUGAUUGGUCAGUUGUGCGAAGUUGAGAAAGGAGCCCGAGUUUGGUCUAAUCUCUCCGGCAAGCUCUUUCUUAUCACUCUUCUUUCAACCAUUUCUGUCACUUUUAAUGUGAAAGUCAGUGCGACCAUGAAUCCACCGUUAUCUCCCAGUUUAGGAGCUGUAGCGUCUCACUGUGACGGACGGCCUUUAAUCCACCUUCAAACUUGGCCUUUCAAGGCAACUAUAAAAGCAUUUGCCUCCCGACGUAGUCUGACAAUACAAUGUAUGAACUAGUUUUGGGGGGUAUUUUUCUGUGGAUAAUCCAACCCUUAUGUUCGUCUGUUUCUGUCUUUCUUUUUGAAGGGUGGGUCGUCUGAAAGUUGAGAGUAUGGAAUUCUUCUGACUUAUUAUUUCAUUCUUCUAUCAAGUCUUUAUUUUCCGUAGCAAAAUGAACUAGCUGCUGACAAAUAAGUCGGUUUCGGGGAACAGAAUAGAUAUUGUGUCACCUAGGGUUGCAAUGGUAUGAGAUUUCUAUAGUGUGAUCAGUGAUUUAUUAUGAUUGAAAUGUUAAACUAUUUUUUAAAUGGCAGUAUGUGUAAAGUCUGGCAGGAAGUCAAGGAGAAAAGGAAAUGUGAAUGUGCAGGUUAGAUUCUCUGGCUGGUUGCCUCUUUUUUCCUAUACCAUUGAUAAACAAAUGGCACAAUGUGAUAACCAUCAAUUUUCAUAACACGGUGUAUCUUAAAACUGCUGUACCGUUGCAGCCCUAGUGCUGCCUGAGCCCGAUUCACUCAUUUAGUAGCCGAAAACAUUUGUCUUUUUAAUGUUUUAUUCCCCAGGUAUUGGGGGAAGAGUCUUCCUUUUUAUUUUCUGUCAAGAGCAGGAUUCAAAGAUAACAUCAAUAAUGACCUACCACAGGAAGGACCCACCCCCCUCCACACCCAAAUAAUUUUUGUACAGUCCCUAAAGUCAAGUGCAUUCAGUUGUUUGUCUCAAAUGUCAUGAGCGUGACAUCUGUAAAAGCCUGAUUUCAUUUCCUGUCCAGUUAACACCUUCACAGUCUGCAGUAACUUUGACCGUGCCCUUUUAAAUAUUUUCAAGUAAAGUCUUGUGAUGUGCACUAAAGAUAAAUGAACUGUGUGAUUUAGAUUCUUCAGCCACUUUUCCUAGAUAAAGCAAACAGCUGAUGUUC